AGCUCGACAUCCUUCAUCAAAGCUAAGCCUUGAUGUAUUCCGGAGGUUUAGGUCAGCGGAUGUUCUUCUUCUUCGACGGACCAGGCUGAACUAAUGUCUGUGUGAAAUAUGCACAGACAUAAUGCUAAAGUUGCAAGCUCUGAAUUAUUUGGCAUGUACCCAUGGACACAAGGAAGUCAAACUUGCAGACAAGUAUGAACUCAUUGCUGCAACACUGUGCCCGAAGGAAAAUGAGAAUGACAAGUAUUUCCAACCGACAUGUAUCCGUCGAAACUGUGAUGACUGUGGUGUGAAGCUGCUUGAUGACAAAUUUGCUGGCCUGUUGGAAGAUGCUGGGAGUCAGUCAGUGAAAUGGCGAAAGUGGUGUAACAAGAAGUACAUGCAUGAUGGGAAAGAGAAAUCCAAGAAGUGCAUUGUGACCAAGACAGGAACUGUAGAGAGCUUUAUAGGGGAGCUGAAAGAUGAAACCGUGUCUCUGGCUAGUCAUAUGUUCGUGGCAUCAUGGCAGCAUGACAUGUACCGGAAAGUAACGAAGGACCCACCUGAGAACACGGUGAUUGCUGUCCUCGAUUUUGCGGAGAACUACAGCUGUCAAUCGCAGGAUGAGGUGCAGUCAGCUCAUUGGGCUAAAGAUCAAGUGACCAUCCAUCCAAUAGUCGCUACGUACAUCUGUCCUGAUCAUGGAGACCAUGCAGUACAAGAAGCUAUCGUGAUAAUAAGCAACGACCUGGUACAUGACGGAAAUGCUGUACACCACUUCACCGAACUAGCGGUAACCCACUUGCGAGAGAACCAGAAAGUUCAAAUGCAGAGGCUCAUUUAAUUUACUGACGGAUGUAGCUGCCAGUAUAAGAGUAAACUCCCAUUUGCCGACAUUUCUUUUUGUGAGGAUGAUCUAGGAGUCAGGCAAGAGAGGCAUUACUUUGGCAGUCGUCAUGGGAAGGGACCGUCAGAUGGUGUCUCGGGUGUGGUGAAGGCAGCUUUGAGAAGGGCUGUUUUGUCGCGCCAGGCAAAUAUUGAUGACGCCUGGAGUGCAUUUCAGUUCUGCAAAGAAAACCUGACCAAGACCGAUUGUCACACCCAAAGGCAGAAGUAUAUCUUUGUAGAAGUUGGUUCUGUCAAUAGAGACAGAAAGGACCGUGAAGUAAACGUCGCGGUGGCGGGCACAAGGCUAUUACAGGCAGUGAAGGGCGUCAAACCUGGAGUCAUAGCUGCUCGGCUCUUGAGCUGCUUCUGUCCCGGCUGUGAAGGAGAUGGUCCAUGCGAGAAUGUCCCCUACACUUUGCCAUGGCAACCUCGCACGCUGAACAUGAAGGUACCUCCAGCUCAACGAAAUCCCACUCGCAUGGUUGACGAGGAGCUUGGACAGGAUAGCGAUACCGAUCAACAUGAUCAGGCUGAUAAGCAACAUGAUGCGCAUGAUAUACCAUUACAAGCACUUUGGGAUAGCCUACAAGGGAUUGAACGCUCUGAAUCUCAUAUUGAUGAGGAAGAUCCUGGAGCUGACAACAGUCUGAACAUAAGCUUUAACAUAAGUUUACUGGAGGA